AUGAACAGUGUACUCCCCCGACUUGUCGCCCGCGAUGACAGCGAUGGCGGUCUCUCAAAUACCAUGCUCGACCUUAUGAUUGCCCUUCUGGUUCUCGUCCUUCUCGGACUCGCCCUCGUCGGUGGACUCCUGAUCCUUCGCCGCAAGAAGCGCAACAACCGCAAGAACCUUCUCCCCGUCCACAAUGGAGAGUCUCCUGCCCACCGCCGCCGCUUAACCAUCUCGACGAACAAGUCGGAUUCCAUCAUGGUCUACGAUGAAAAGCGAAGCCUCAUGGAGAACUCCGACAGCCCGCCCCCGAGCCCAGUCCCGGAGAUCCGCAUUACGUUCCCCGAAGAAGAGGAUGAGAGUGGCAAGCGCAAGUCUGGACGGAUGGUGAUUGUGAGAAUCAGUGAUGCCGGAAGCGUCGGCCUGGAGCCCUGCCACGAGGAACUCCCUCCCUACCAAUCCAACGACACCGGCCGCUUCCAGUCCCUCGACAUUGAGCGUAUGGGCGGGCUGAAGGAGAAGGAAGAGACAUACCGUUAA